AUGCAGCUCCAAUUGGCGUAUCUAGUAGAACGAAAGCUGGAGUUCGAAGGAAAUGACGACGCUGUCGAGUGGGCCAAGCACUUAACUGACAACGUUAACCAACACAACAUCGAACAUCUCGCAACAUUCUGCACUCAACACCUCGAGACGUAUCUGAAGACCUCAAAAGCGCUGCGUCAUCAGCGUAUGGAGACACUACAACGUCAGUUUGCAUCCGAGCUGCAACGAGAGCCUGAGUAUCCGCUAGACGACAGUGUUUCGGCUCCUUUUCUCUGGUAUUCCGUGGCUCUUGACCGUCUACGAGGCGUCAUCAUCAGCAAUGAACUCCCUCAAUACCAGCAGAUCAUGACGCAGUUUGGCCAGCAUUUAGCCGCCUCUCAACGAAGCCCACGUUGCUUGUACGAGGCUGUUCCCGAGACUUCUCCUGAACUCCCAUCCGACAUUCCACCGCUCAGGCUCAACGUGGAGGCCAAUGACGGGCUCUUCUUACGCGAGAAAGUGACGAACGAUACAGGCGACAUUUCCACGGGAGAUGCACAUGUCUUCCCAGAGCUGAGGAAUCCAUACGAGAAGAAGGGACGUGAACGGCGACAGACAGCUGAGCAGAUCGUUGUGUUCUAA